GUGCACUUGUGAUCACCUGGUUGCAUCCUGGAAACUAGCUAGUCACACCUAAGCAGGUGGCCCGCCCAUCCUCCGCGGGUUGAGGAAGCAGGAAAAGGCGGCAGUGAGAGGAGUGGGCAGAGCUGCUGGCAAUGGUGGCCGGAAUCCCAGCUACGAUGAGCUUUCUCUGGUGCCUGGCUCUGCCCCUUUUCUUCUGCUGCUGGGAGGCUGGGGCCCACAGGAGCUCUGCAGGCCCCAGUGGAUCAGGCCACACAGAACUGCCUGCUGUGACUCCGGAGGUCUGGACAAGCUCAGAGGAAGACUUUCAGGCUACUGUCACUCCGGAGGUCUGGACAAGCUCAGAGGAAGUCUUUCAGGCUACUGACCUCAUUGAGCCCUCUGCGUCAAACUACAUCUCUUGGGAAACUCAAACCCUGAGCACCCAGACCUCUGAUAAGACCUUCAUCAGAGGCGGCACCAUUUCAGAAGCAGAGACCAGGGAAGACAAGACCAUGGCUCUCAUGACAAGAAAGCCUUCCAAGUUCACGGCUGUGAUCACUACUCCCACGGCGACAUCAUCCACAGGUGGCAGCCCCACAGGACGUGUAAGGACCACAGUUGACACUGUCACAGGCAGUGAGCUCUGGAAAGUUGUCUUUGAGAACCUUUGCACUUUUGACAGCUCUGAAGAAGCAAAGAGAAUCUUGAAAUUCACUCACAUUUCUGCAGAAACCGAGGCCCUAUCCUCAGAGAGCAGCGCCUCCCCUGACAGCUCAGUUCCAGCCAUCACCACCUCACAAGCCCUGUCAGCAGACAUCACUGCUCUGACGAAAGCCUUGGUUACCUACAUCACCAACAUCAAGGUGAUCAACUGCAGAGUUAUGGAAACAGAACCAACUGCUGCCAUCCCUGGGACCUCACACAUAGAUCACAGCUCUGCAGGAGGACAGGCCCUGUCCCCCACUGAGAGGUCAGCCUUGCCUGACUCCACUGAAGCAAAAUCACACCUUGCUAGGAACACAACCUCUGCUGAGACCUGGACAAUAGCCCACGCCACGGAAUCAGUCACACCUGCGGUCACAGUCAUCCUCAGUAGCACCCCAGAAAAGGAAACGACAGCAGCCAAGGCCAGCACCCCAAGUGGAACCUUGGUGACAGUCAGCAAGAACCUCUUGGAAGAAAGCUCAGCCCUCUCUGUUGAGACAACAAGCGACAUCAGUAUCUCAGGGAUAAUUACAGUCUUCACAGAGGAUGCGACAAUAGUAAGCAAAGUGACUUCCCCUGCUGGGUUCUCAGCUAUGGUCUACAGCUUCUCCGAAGAAACCUCCACCACGAGUUCCACCUCCUCAGAGACUUCUGCCACACACACCACAUUCAGUGGGCCCAUUCCCUCUAUCAGCAGGAGCUCUUUUUCUUCUUUCCAUCUGCCUAUGGUUGACAGCAUCCCAGAAACAAGCAUCACCUCAGCCAAGACCACAGCCUCAGCCAAGAGCAGCCCCACAGCCUCAGCCGACAGCACCCCAGAAACAAGUGUCUCCUCAACCAAGAUCACAGCCUCAGCCAAGAGCAGCCCCACAGCCUCAGCCGACAGCACCCCAGAAACAAGUGUCUCCUCAACCGAGAUCACAGCCUCAGCCAACAGCAGCCCCACAGCCUCAGCCAAGAGCAGCCCAGAAACAAGUGUCUCCUCAAGCGAGAUCACAGCCUCGACCAACAGUAGCUCAGAAACAAGCGUCACCUCAGCCAAGGCCACAGACUCAGCGAAGACCUUGAAAACAGCCAGCUCAGGUGGAGGGAAGCCCUCAACAACCUCGGCCAGCACUGCUCGGACAAGGUGGACAGAUAUUACCCCAGGCGCAGACGGAGGCUUCCUCCUCCUGAGGCUGAACGUGGCUUCCCCUGAAGACCUCACUGACCCCAGUGUGGCAGAGAGGCUGAUGCAUCAGCUCAGCCAUAAACUGGACAUGCUUACGUUUCCUGUCCAAGUCUCCCUGCUGCGUGUCAGGAGUGGCUGAAGAACACCAGCCGCAACCAGGCACGGCUGCGUGCGGAAGGGAGCAGUGCUGCCUGUGACCUGGGCCCCACCACAUCUGGAACCAUGUGACUGUGCAGAGAUGUACCUGGAAGGUUCCCAUGUAGGUCAGCAGAUCACGGCCUUACCCAGACCCCGUAGUGGGACUCGGGCUCACAUAUGCCUGGGGGUAGUGUGUAGGGAGGGGGUGGGGUCUGCCCCUUGCUGCAGAGAUGACCUUGGGCUUCCGCGGGCAUGUGUGUUGUACUUCAGUAAAGAGUGAGCUGAUCCCCCA